GCAGAGUUGAAAUCGUCUCUGAAACAGCUGGAAAAGGGAAUUGUAUAGGUGCCAUUGUCAUUGUCAUUGUCAUCAUCACCGCUGUUCAUCCUUAAAAAUCCUUACCUGAAAAAGGCAGCAGCAGUUUAUCCUGGGGGGACAUCCUUGUAAAAAUUGACUCUGGUUUGGUGAUCCUGAAAGAAGAACUUUGGUGUCCAACUAUGAAUUGCAUUCUCCUGAUGCCAAGAUUGAUGCCUAAAUUUCUGCUCGCUUUCAAUUGCAAAUUUGUCAUACCUGAUAAGGAGAAGCUGUUUCUUCCAUUGCAGUGGAGGAAGAGAUGGCGAAUCAAACAACAGUGACAGAAUUUUUCUUCGUGGGUCUUACCAGUGACCUGAAGACCCGCUUUGUUCUCUUUGGGAUGUUUGUGAUUGUCUACAGCAUCACAUUAACAGGCAAUGUGAUCAUCCUGAUGCUCAUUUGGCUGGAUCCUCAACUCCACACCCCCAUGUACUUUUUCUUAAGUAACCUCUCCUUUGUAGACAUCUGCUACACAACUACUGUCCUUCCUCAGUUAUUAAUCAACCUGUGGUCCCCAAAGAAGACCAUUUCAUUUGCUGGCUGUGGUGUUCAGAUCUACUUUUUCUUUGGCCUGGCAAUUACUGAGUGUAUCCUCCUUGCAAUCAUGGCCUAUGAUCGCUUUGUGGCCAUAUGUUACCCUCUGCGCUACACCCUCAUGAUGAACCAGAAAGUCUGCAUCAAGUUGGCUUUAUCAGCCUGGCUCUUUGGCUUCCUCUUUGCCAUGGUGCAUGUAAUCCAUACUCUCCACAUGCCUUAUUGUGGCCCAAAUGUCAUUAACCACUUUUCCUGUGACAUCGUGGUUCUGCUAAAACUUGUGUGUGCUGACACUCAUAUUAAUGAAAUCAUUGUGUUUGUCAUUGCUGUCCUCAUUCUUUUGUGUCCCUUCUCCUUUAUAUUGAUCACAUAUGUCCACAUUCUAAUAACCAUCUUGAAGAUUCGCUCCACACAAGGCCGGUCUAAAGCUUUCUCUACGUGUGCCUCCCACAUGACUGUGGUAGCAUUGUUUUAUGGAACUGCUAUGUUCAUGUACAUGAGACCUGGCGUAAGCCAUUCACCAGACCAGGAUAAAAUGAUCUCCUUGUUCUAUAGCAUUGUCACACCCAUGUUCAAUCCCAUGAUUUACAGUCUCAGGAACAAAGAAGUGAAAGGAGCCUUGGUGAAAGUGUUGCAGAGAUGCAACGUCUGUCAUGGGACUUAAAAUUUUAUUGGAGGUCAGAAUGAAAUGUUCACCUCAAAUGUGGUCUAACUGGAAAUGUGUUAGACUCAACGUGGUUGAUGUUUUGUAUUGAUAACCUGGAGACUUAUGUCGUCUUAACCAUGCAAUUGUAUACCAGUGGAUAUUUAAGAUCUUGCUACAUUCAAGCCAUGGGCAAAGAGAAAAAUUGUAAAGAUUUUGCAAGGGGCCUUUUCAUUUUUGCACACCAGAUAAGGCAGAAUGUAACUGAAAGUUGUUUGCUUCCUCAUCCAUAAUAUUUGUCAUAUUAACAAUGUUGACUUUUUACAAGUUUCAUAAUAGAAAUUGGUUUUUUAUUGAAAUAUUCAUUUAAGCUCUCUUUGCUGAAAAGAUUUGCUCCAAUUGUUAUGAGAAGAAUUAUGACUGGGCAUGCUCUAUCUUUAUUUCUGACCUGUCAUUUAUUAAAUCCCAGUGUUUUUAGAGUAAUGAUUGAUAAGAAUGAUUAGGAUUUCAUAGUGUAUAUAUUUAAAACAUCAAAAUUAAUAUCAUGUUCAUUUAAUUAACCAAGUAAGUUUGGACAAAUUGCUCUCAAGUGAGUCUAACAUGUUCU